CAAGCAGCCAGCUUCGUGCUGACGGCAGCUCUCGGAUAAUGGCACCCAGCGCUCUCUCCCUGGAAAUCCUGACACCCAAAGAGAAGAACAGACUCAGAAAACCCAUUGUAGAGAAACUGCGUCGCGAUAGGAUUAACAGCAGUAUUGAGCAGCUGAAGGUGCUGCUGGAGAAGGAGUUCCAGAGACACCAACCCAACUCCAAGCUGGAGAAAGCCGACAUCCUGGAGAUGACUGUCAGCUACCUGAAAUACAGCCGAGCUUUUGCAGCAUCUGCCAAAAGCCUACAGCAGGAUUACUGUGAAGGGUAUGCCUGGUGCCUCAAAGAAGCUCUGCAAUUCCUCUCUCUCCAUUCAGCAAACACAGAAACCCAGAUGAAGCUGAUCUGCCAUUUCCAGAGGUCACAAGCAAUGCCCAAGGACUCUGGUUCUCCUUCUGCACCCACUUCCACUCACCACUCCUCUGCAAAACAAGCACCAGCAAAGCCCUCCUGCAACCUCUGGAGGCCUUGGUAGGCCAAGAGCACGUCCACCAUCACCUGGACACUGAUGCACAUUCCAGAGGAGAUCACGACUUGCUACAGAAGUCCCCCUACUCCUCUCACCAGUAGGAAAAAAUGUUUUCCUUCUGCAGAGCAUUACUGCACAUGGAUGCCUGCUUCCCUUCUUCCAGAAGGACUGAAAUGUUCCCACCACGUGGAAAGAAAGUUAUUCUGAAGGAAUGCGGCAUGUAACCCUCCUGCUAGGAGGACCGAGUUGUUCAGAGAGGAACGCUGACUGUACUUAACCUCAGUGAGGUUGCACGGGUACAUCUGUUGAGAAAGCUGUAACUGCUGAGAUGUUUGGGUCAGUGUUUUCAGGUGUCUGCUCAGCAGCAGCCCCCCCUGCAUCCUGCCCCGCUCGGGACCCCCACACCACCUGCACCUGAGCUGCAGGCAGCAGCUGGGGCUGGGCUAAGCGCAGACAUGUGAAAACCUGGCUGCCAGCAGGUUCUAUGAUAUUUGUAGACUGUACUGAGCUCCGGAAAUGGUUACACCAUAACUCAAGCUGCGUAGAGGAAAUUCCUCGGGAUGUCUUGCUCGCAAAGUCAGAGUGCUGUGUUUG